AUGAAUUUAUCAUUACAAGAUCCAUUCUCAGUAGCCAAAGAGUAUCCAGAAACAUUAACCAACACAUUACAAUAUGGUCAUUCAGUAGUUAUACAAUUCAACACUAAAGGAGAUUAUUUAGCAUCAGGAUUAUCUGAUGGAUCAAUUGUUAUUUAUGAUAUGAUAAGUAAUGGAGGAUUAAUCGCUCAUUUAAUUGAAGGAAGUCAUACUCGACCAAUCACAUCUUUGACUUGGUCUAACUGUGGUAGAUAUUUGUUAUCUUCUUCUCAGGAUUGGUAUUGUAAAUUAUGGGAUUUAAGUAGGGUUAAUUAUUCCCAUAGUGUUGGUAGUGAAGAUGAAGAGGAGGAGACAGGAGGAGGACUGGCAGUUAUACGACAAGUGAAAUUCGAUGGUCCUAUUUGGCUGGCAUGUAUGCAUCCUACUAAUCCAUAUGUUUUCACUGCUUCUUUGUUUGAGGAUUUACCGGUAUAUGUGGAUAUGACCCAAGAAAAGGCGAUAAUAUCACGAAUGAGAACAGAUCCAUUGGAAACAUCCGAAGAAGAACUGCAUGAAGUAGAUGGAGGAAGCGAGGAAGUUAAACCAACAACCAAGAAACGAAAGAAGAAUGAUAAACAUUCUACAUUAGUGACUGCAUUCACUCUUGAAGGAAGUUAUAUAUUUGCCGGAACAAGUAAAGGUUGGUUAAAUAUAUUCAAUACCUCCAAUUUAAAAUUAAUCCAUUCAAUCAAAAUUGCCAAUUCAAAUAUCAAACAUUUAAUAAUUUCAUCAAAUGGAAGAAAACUUGCCGUGAAUUCAUCUGAUCGUAUUAUACGACAAGUCGAUCUCCCUGAUUUAAUCAAUAUUACUGACCCAAAAGAUUGGGAAUUCGAAAUAGAUCAUCGAUAUCAAGAUGUAGUUAAUCGAUUACAAUGGAAUUCGGUCGCUUUCAAUCAUAAUGCCGAAUUCUUAGUUGCAUCAACCUAUGGACAACUGUCACAUGAUUUAUAUCUUUGGGAAACCUCAAUGGGAUCAUUGAUUAAGAUAUUAGAAGGAUCAAAUGAAGAAUUAAUUGAUGUGAAAUGGAAUUAUCCCAGAUGUACAAUUGCAUCCGUGGGAUUAGAUAGCGGGAUGAUUUAUUUAUGGCUGGUUCAAUUUCCUCAAAAAUGGAGUGCAUUGGCACCUGAUUUCGUCGAGAUUGAAGAAAAUAUUGAAUAUGUUGAACGAGAAGAUGAGUUUGAUAUGAUUGAUGAAGAUGAAUUGACCAAAAAGAGAUUAGAAGAAGAAGAUUUGGAUGUGGAUGUUAUUACGAAAGAGACUAGUGAUGCUCGAGGGUUUGAUAUUACUCAGGAAUCAUUUGUCAUACCAAUUGAUUAUUCACGUACUUUCACCGAGUAUUAG